AUGUCCGCUCCUCCACCUCGGAGAACAGCUCCCGCUCCAUCACCCGCACCACCGCCCGACCCGGCCAAGCAGACGUGGAAGGAGCGCGCAAAGGCCAAGAGUGCAGUGUGGGGCAUGAAGGCGCUCGACAAGGCCCUCGUCGUAUCGGAUGCCGUCGGCGUGCACGCCAACAACAUGACGGCCAAGGUCGGCGGCGAGCGGUGGUGGCCGACGACCGACGACUUUCCCGCCGAGGUCGCCAAGUGCGUCCGCAUCCUGCGCGCGUUCACGGUCGACGGCAUCGAGAAGGAGGUCGUCGACAAGGACGCCUCGGGCAUGACCAAGAAGCGCAAGGUGUUCAAGAAGGUCCCGUCCGAGGUCAUUCGCGACGCCAAGGGCAUCGUCGUCUACACGUCGUUCCGCAGCGGCAUCGCGCCGUUCGGUGGCGCAGGCGGCAGCGGUGUCAUCGUCGCUCGCCUCCCGGACGGCAGCUGGUCGGCGCCGUCCGUCAUCGCCCCGGGCAACUUCGCCGCCGGCUUGAUGCUGGGCCUCGACUUGUUUGACGCCAUCCUCACCAUUAUGACCGACGCCGCGCUCGACACCUUUUAUUCACACAAAGUUACACUCGGCGCCGAGAUUGGCGUCGCGGCGGGCACGUACGGCGCAGGCGCCAUUGCCGAGGCCGGCACCGACCGCAGCCCCGUCUACAGCUACCUGCGCUCGCGAGGGUUCUAUGCCGGCGCCGAGGCGGUCGCGCAGGCCUACCUGACGAGGUUCGACGAGAACGAGCGCAUCUACUCGUGCAAGGGCGUCACGCAGCGAGAAAUUCUCACGGGCCACUUCAAGGCGACCUCGGCCGCCGCGCCGCUCUUUGUCGCCCUGCGGGACGCCGAGACGGGCUACGCGCAACGGCUGCACGGUGCCGAGUUCGAGUUCGUGCAGCCGUUCGAGACCAAGGACUCGGCGCACAGCGGCGCGACGCCCGGCACCGGCACGCCCGAGAACGAGAACGAGCCCGAGGUUGCGCCCGAGUACCAGCAGCCGCCGAGCGUCGACGGCAAGCCCGCCUCGACAGCUUCGCCUGCCCUCGUCGACCAGGCGCCGUCGACUUCUUCGGCCGUCGUCGACCCGGCCCUUUCCGCACUACCGUCGGACUCGAAGCCGGCCUCCCUUCCUCCUCCACCACCUCUUCCCGCCCGAGCCCCUUCCUCGACGCUCCCGCCUACUCUUCCACCUCGUUCGGCACCAGCACCUGCGGCCGAGGAGUUGCGCGAGGACCUGCUCGCCGCCGCCAUGGAGGACAGGCUCGCGGUGGGCGAGCACGACGGGCCGAGGAGCUCGGCGCCCGUCGACUAGAAGGCGCAGGUGCCGUAGCUCGAGACGGAGCUCGUGUGUAUUGCAGCUGUGCCGUAUUGGCGUUC